AUGGCGGAAAGUAUGCUGCAGAAUAAAAAUUCGGCCAAAAAUUCACCCCAAAUAAUGCAAGCUAAAGAAACAGGUGCUUCGCAGAAGCCAGAUGCCGAUGCAAUUCAGCCAGAAGGUUCCUCGGGGAGGAAAGAAACUGGAAAAAAGUCAGAAAAACAGCCUGUAAAGUCAUCAGCAAAGUCGAAGGCUCCUAUCACGUGCGAGAAGGACUUGAAUAAAGAAGUUCUGAAAAUAUUACAGGAAAUGAACUCUAACAUAAAUAAGCAAGGUCAGGACUUGAAAAUAUUGUCUGAAAGAGUUGAUACGUUGUAUCAGGGCAAUGACAGUAACCAGGACUCCUUUGACAGUAACCAGGGAUGCUAUGAUGAUUCAUAUGAUUAUGAUGAUGAGGGCGACGAGAAUUACCCCCCUAAUUAUUCUGAUAAUGAUCAUUCAGUCGGAAAUGAUGAUGUCCAGAUUGAUCCACACCCGGUUGAACCCCCAUUCAAGAAACCAAAGACAUUAUUUCAGGGUCUUUCUGACAAGUUUCUGCUUGCAGACAAAGUGGACACGAAUGUAAACGAAGAUCUUGCAGACUUUGUCAAUAGAUCUUUUAGAAACGGUGUUCCAGAGGAAACAAUUCAAGAAAUCCUCAAAGAAGUACACAGACCACAGAACUGUGAAGCUUUGACAAAAACCAGAGUUAAUCCGGGUAUGUGGAGACUGCUAAAGGCACACACCCAAACUGAGGAUGCAAAAAUGCAGUUGAUUCAAAAUUGUGUUGUCAAAGCAUCAAUUAACAUUGUAAAGUUGUUGCACAAACAGGGAGACACCGAUUCACAAGCAUUUGAGUUGGGAAGUAAUGCCUUGGCGCUGCUGGGCCAUUCUAACAAACUUAUUAAUAACAGACGGAAAGAAUCCCACAAGAAUGAUUUUUGA